GGGAUUUCCAUUUAACUCACUGGCAUCAGUUAUGCGCCAUUCAUAGUCAUUUAGCUUAACAAGACAGAGCCCCAUUGGCGCCUGUUUUAGACUGUGAAGAUUGUUGUUGCGCAGUUCAAGACGGUUUCGAAAUCAGAAUUUCAUUGCUCAUUAACAAGUUGGGUGGAAAUGUUGUGUAAGAGGCUUUUAUUCUGAAACUUGUGCUACAUACACUCACCACUAGGUACCCCUCGCUUGCUCUGAUGCGAACCCUCUCUAACCGAUUUGUCUGCCCUUGCAUUUCAAAAAGUCUAUUUCUGAGAAAUGAUUUGUAGGGGUGGAGUGAAAGCAUGAUGGUGUGUGAACUCGUGUGUUUGUGUGUUGUCAGCGGAGUGUGUCGGAGAACUCUCUGGUCGCCAUGGAUUUCUCGGGCCGGACGGGCAGGGUGAUCGACAACCCGGUGGAGGCCCAGAGCGCAGCCUUGGAGGAGGGGCACAGCUGGAGGAAGCGGAGUCAGAGGAUGAAUGUCUUAGGAAGUCCCAGCCCCCUUCACCCUUCCUCAUUAAGCUCAGUAAUCCACCGGACCCAGCUGUGGUUCCACGGCCGCAUCAUGAGGGACGAAUCCCACAAGAUGAUCAUGCAGCAGGGCCAAGUGGACGGGUUGUUCCUGAUACGAGACAGUCAGAGCAAUCCCAAAGCUUUCGUUCUCACACUGUGCCAUCACCAGAAAAUCAAACAUUUCCAGAUCUUACCUUUUGAAGAGGACGGCCAGAUCUUCUUCAGCCUUGACGACGGUGCCACCAAGUUCAGUGACCUGAUCCACCUGGUGGAGUUCUACCAGCUCAACAGAGGCGUGCUGCCGUGCAAACUCAAGCACCCCUGCACCGUGGUGGCCUUAUGACCCGCACACACACCCCACCCUGUGCUCUCUCCCCCGUGUAACCCCCGCCAAGAUCACCCACCUCUCACCUCUCUUUACCUCCCCUCGUGACCUUUGAACCCCCCUUUGCAUAAACAGACAGGCAGACCGACAGGACAGCCACGCUACGCCACACCACACCACACCACGCACGGCUCCCCGACGCCUUGGUGAUCUUCCACCUCCACACAACCUCCCUGACUGCAAAUGAUACUAAUCCCAGGCCAACGCUUAGCCUGGUAGGCCAAAAUGCAGCCCAGCCCAGCCCAGGCCACCGCUUAACCCUGUCGGCCAACAUGCAGCCCAGCAAAGGCCAACGCUUAGACCAGGGGACAGGAUUCCUGUCCAUUAUAGAGACACACAUACUCUCGCGGACAUACACUCACUGAUUGACACUCACACUCACACACACACACACACACCAUAGAUGGAGCCUUCAUGGAUGAGGUGUGUGUCUUUCCCAACCAUCCUUCCCUCUCUUCCAACCACCCUCCUUCUCCUCCAUCCAUUGCUCGGACACAUGGUUCAUCCUCCUCUUCAUCCUGGACACUGUGCCGCCCCCACCCCUAGGACAUCAGGUCUGGACCCCAGGACAUCAGGUCUGGACCCCAGGACAUCAGGUCUGGACCCCAGGACCCCCCAGGACAUCAGAUCCCCGAUAGGAACCCCAAUGUCACUCUGGCUGUCUGUCUGUCUUUUAUCAUCAUCAGCCUGGAUUGGACCUUCUACAACAUACAUUUUUUUUUGUUCGUUUAUUUUUUGUUUUCUGUGUUUGUUUGUUUAUUUUUGUUUAAAUUUUUCACUUGUAAAGUGUUGCUUUACUUGACGACAUUUUAUUUUAUUUACAGUUCGUUACAUAGCUGAACUAUAUUUACAUAUAUAUUAAAAAAUUAUAUAUAUAAAUAUAUAUAUAUACGGUAUAUAUAUAUUUUUUGCACUCCAGAGUUGACAACAGGUUUUCCCCACUCGACAGAAAAACACUGUGCUCUCGUCACUCCCCCUCCUCUUCCUCCUCCUCCUCCUCUCCCUCCUCAGGUUCUUCUGCCUGAGGCGUUUUUGGGCGAGAGCUGAUGUGAAGAUUGAUGAUUGAACAAACGUUUCCCCAAAACAGUAACAGCUGAGAGGGGUAAAGAGAAAAAUGUAAAAUCUUUAUAUCCCCACUCCCCCUUAGCAGAGGUUUGAUUCCCUUCUUCAGAAAGUCAUUAGAAACCUCUGCCACAAAAUUGAUUUGAUCUGGCCAGCUCUGAAUCAGCCAAUCGUAAUGAUUGAAUACUCAAGGCAAGGUAGAGUAGACUUACUGUAGUUGUUACUCAGUGGAGUUCCAUGCGUGCUGGAAGGAAGUUGUUGUAGGGGUUUGAAGCGUCUGUACUGGGCAUCAGAGGCCUCUGCCCCUGAGAGGGCAUCUUUGGAAGUGCAGAUGGGAAGUGGAGAGACUGAUCUUGUUAUGCAGGGAGGGGGGAAGGGGUGCCAGAUAUCAAGAUGGGGCCAGGGGGCUGUUGGCAUAAGGAGUGAUGUUGGAGUUUGGAGUGAACUGUUUGAGGAUGAGGCUGAAACAAGACGGGCUAAUACAGGAUGGAUUGGUGUGCGUUGGUGCGUGCGUGCACUUGCGUACGUGUGUGUGUCUGUGUGUGCGUAUUGAGGAAUGGCCAUUGGCUUGAGUGAACUCAGGUGUUGGUUACUGUGUGAGAUCCACACACAACAGGGGACACGGUGGCUACUCAUAACACACACACAGACACACACACACACAAACACACACUGACAAACCCAUCUUAUAUUCUGCCCCCUAAUAUACACAUGCUGUACACUACUACACACGCACACAGACACGCAUACACAUGAAGAUAUACACACUUUGUACCUCCAAACACAUACCACAACAGCAACUAGAAACUCACAUCAGUUGCCUUUGGGCUACGCAGAGGGGAAUAGGAAGGUGUAGAAGGGGUGGAGACCUGGUGCAAAAGAAGAGGAGAGGUCAGGGGAUGGAGCCAGAGAGAUAAAUACACAGUAAGGAAGCCUUGAAAGAGUGUGAAAGAGUGUGAGAGAGAGAGAGAGAGAGAGAGAGAGAGAGAAGCUGUGCGUUCAGGUUUUUAAGGGGCAGGGGUAUGGGGUUGGGGGUGGUAAAGAUAAGAGCCGUCUCCUCUUUUCUCUGCAGUGUUGAAACCUGCUCUCCCUUGAACAACAACAACAAACCCAUCCAGUAAGACUCUAUAUCUUUAAGUAUGUGAAGCUAUGGAAAAAUAAAGAUGUAGAAGUAUCUAACACUGUAUUUUAGAUGGGAAAUCACUAUGUACAGGGUGGGGGAUAACCCCCUCAUCCCACCGCAGAUCAUGAUGAUGAUUGGUUGAGUUGACUGAUUGAUAGAUUGAUUGAUUGAUUGAUUGAUAGAUUGAUUGAUUGAUUGCUUUUUUUCUCUUUGUGCAUAUUCUUUGUUUUCCAGUGCUCUGAUUCAGUGUGCAUAUUGAGUUAUCUGUUUUUUUUGUUUGUAUGUAUGUCACAAAAAAAUACAUUUUUUAAGAGUAUAUUACAGUAUUAAAUUAAGCUUAUUUUUAGCUUCUGAAACUGGACUAACAGCAUGUCUCUGUAUCAGAUUCAUGGGAUCCCUUCAUGAGGAAAAAAAACUAUGUCUGGAUUUAUAAGCUCAAACGGUUUAUCUUUUUAAAGACUUCAUGAAAGAAGAUUGUGAUGUGGCCAGAACUCUAAGCUGAAACCCAGUCAAGCCUUGAAGCUCUCUCUCUCUCUCUCUGCCCUGUGCUUAACUCCCUCCUGCCACACACACACACAACAGUACACUACGCGCUGCACACUUGUAAAAGCUUUCUAUGUCAGGGCGGUGUAGACCUGGUCCAGAGGGGUCCCGCUGCUUUCAGGUGUCUAUUGGCAGGCCCCUCGUGCACAUUAGCAAGCCCCAACCAACCGCCCCCUCAGAAGAACCCUGAACUCAGGAAUGUCCAGCUCUGGCCCCGAGCGAGGGCCAAAUCUGGCCCACAUUGUCAUUACAUUAGGCCCACAAGAUGAUUUCAAAUGUGUAUGACAGUUGGCCCAUAUAUACAUCAUUGAUAUAUAUAUAUAUAUAUAUAUAUAUAUAUAUAUCGUAAUAUGACUUGAAAACACGUUUGUUUGUGUGUUACGGAAAUUCUGGGUGGUCCUAGGUUGCAGCCACAUUGGCACUACCAUAUCACUACCAUAUCACCAAUCAGCACGUGUUGGUGAAAUUUGCCGACCUUUUAAGUAUUGUGUUCGUGUAUGCACAAUUUUAGUCCUUUUUUUAAUCAAUUUUGAGUUGGCCCACAACUGAACUGCCAGAUUUCCACUCUGGCCCUCAGUCAGUUUGAGUUUGACAGCCCAGCUGUAACUGCACAAACACAGUGCAACGAGCUACAGCUACAAAACCACCUCAAGUCAUUGAUUUUGUAUUGAGCAGGCACAAUACAUUUAGCCGGAUUAAAUCAACACUUUGAGAGUAGCAGCAAAUACGCUCCAUAAAGGGUUGCAUUUCAUCAAGUUAUGUUUGAGUGUUGCGUUACACAUUACAUUACACUCAGCUGAC